AUGUCGUGCCCAGACUGCUUCCGCGGCCAGAUCCACGAAGGCUCAACCAAAGGCAAAGUCAUCAAUCUCUAUGGUCUCGACACAUAUGUGAGUGAGCCACCGAACGGCAAACCCGCCAAAGGCAUCAUUGUCAUUAUUCCAGAUGCAUUUGGCUGGGAUUUUCCAAACAAUCGCAUCCUCGCGGAUAAUUACGCCGAGAAGGGCGACUUUAAAGUCUACUUGCCCGACUUCAUGAAUGGCGCCGCGGCACCUGUAUCCAUGUUAUUCAACAUGCAAACCGCUCUCGCUCCAGGCAAUCCCUUCACUCGUCUCUUCGCCCUCGUUCAAGCACUCUUCGCAGUGGUCCCUUUUUUCCUCCGAUGCUACCCAGGCAAGACGUAUCCAGUGGUAAAAGGCUUUUUCGAACAACUCCGUAAGGAACAAGGCCAAACCCUAUCCAUCGGCGCCGCCGGGUUCUGCUGGGGUGGGAAGCAUACCGUGACACUCGCACACGGCGACGAAAUAAACGGACAGCCCCUUAUCGACGCAGGAUUCACAGGUCACCCCAGCAUGCUCAAGAUCCCCGCUGAGAUCGAAAAGAUUAAGCGCCCAGUGUCCUUUGCCUGCGCAGAAGAUGACAACCAAGUCUCGCUCAAGCAAGCCGAGCAAAUUAAGAAGAUCGUGACGUCCUUCCCUGACUCGUUCAAGGGUGAAGCCCGGGUUUAUGACAAGACGGGUCAUGGUUUCUGUGUCCGUGCUGACCUCAAAGUCCCGGAUGUUGCUGCACAAGCAGCCGCUGCUGAGGACCAAGCCAUUGCAUGGUUCACGUCUCAUUUCAAAGUACCGGCGUGA